AUGCCGACACCAGAGUCAAUCCAAUUCCGCAUGCAAAAGCCCAAGGUGCCGGCAACAUUCGAGGGCGUCGACUACGACAACAACUUGCAGCUCAAGGCAGCCCAGGAUGCCGUCCUGCGCGAGCAAUGGGUCCAGAGCAUGAUGGCCCGCCUACUCAGAGAGGAGAUGGGCAAGUGCUACUACCGUGAGGGCCGCUACCUCGAGCAAUUGAAGCACGCCAAGGUCAAGGGUUACCUCUUCGAGCAACAGAACACCACUCCCAGCAGCUCAUAG